CUUAGAAGCCGAGCAGAUUAAUUUGUACUCCUUUUGACCUGCUUGAUACCUGCUAUACUUCAUCCACCAUGACGUCCACCGGCUCCGGAUGGGCGCAACUGCGGCAACAAGCCCGCUCGCUCGAGACUCAGACAGAAAACCUCUUCCACACAUACGCACAAUUCGCAUCUCUCACAAAGCCUCCGCAAACUCCUACAGAAGAGGAGCUGCGAACCGAGUCCCAGUUGAAAGACCUCCUCGAAAGACGUGAAUCGCUCAUCUCUCAGCUCUCUCGCCUCCUCGACUCCGAAGCUACCCUUACCUCCUCUGCCUUGAAACAGAAUAACCUCUCCCGCCACCGUGAAAUCCUUCAAGACCACCGCCGCGAGCUGCAGCGCCUGACGUCCGCCAUGGCGGAGUCGCGCGACCGCGCCAAUCUUCUCUCCAAUGUCCGCUCCGAUAUUGAUGCCUACCGUGCAUCGAACCCCAGCGCAGCUGAGGCAGACUACAUGCUCGAGGAGCGCGGGCGGGUCGACAACAGCCAUAACAUGAUGGACGGCGUACUCAGCCAGGCCUAUGCCAUCAACGAGAACUUCGGGAUCCAGCGUGAAACUCUGGCAAGCGUCAACCGCCGGAUUGUCGGCGCGGCCAGCCAGGUGCCCGGAAUGAACUAUCUGAUCGGGAAGAUCGGAACCAAGAAGAGGCGUGAUGCGAUUAUCUUGGGAUGUUUCAUUGGGCUCUGCUUCUUGAUGCUGGUUUACUUCAUGUAGGAGGGCUGGAC